UCAUCACUUUACUUAUUUUACUCCCGUGCGCAGCACAUAAAACUCGUCAGUGAAGUCAUCACGCUUCAUGACGGAUGUCAGCGCUUUUCACUAUUCCAUCACAUGGGCCAGUCUCUUUUCAGCUUGCGGGGAAAGCAGCCAUCAAUUUCAGGACGAAGAUCUACGCCCCAAAAACAUGGGGUUUGCGCAAUGCUGAUCCAAUCGGCCUUUGGGCCAGACACAGCAAACAGCCUACGGUGCGAGAGCACGCGUAUUCGACACACGUGCUUCUAACCAAAGACUCGCGAUAUCUCCUCCAGGUCUUCUCACAAUAGCUCAACGUGUGUGCUAUUUCUGGAUCAUGUGUUGCGCAGAUGGGAUUCUGAAAACACGGUUCAUGACAGCUCGCCGUUUUACAAAUGAAUGUAGCCGUGAAGGAAGAAACAACCCAUUAUGGACUAAUCAUGGUCAACUAGAGCACAAACGGUUGCCCUUGCGGUGACAUCCGCAAGCUAACGAUACGCCUACACGGCAUCUGGGCUUUGCGCGAAUUCUCUGGUCGCCACUUGCGUAGUAUGUCCCUCCUACCGCCAUCACUUCCAUUGAUCCUUCUCCACAGCUUGACAGUUUGCGAGACUGAAUACACACGGAAAAGAUGCUCAUCUAUGCUACCGCAUGCCUUCCUUGCCCCUCUACAAGAUGUCGCAUGUCAAUGUGUUCACAUGCUGUGCCAACGUAAAUGUAUCGGUUCAAGUACUCGGACUCGUCAUGUGUUCCAACGCGAGAUACCUGACGUUGGGCCUCCCGACAGGUAACGGGGUGAAUGCCCGCCAUUGGCCAGUUCACCACAACGACUUCCCAACGUGUGGUUAAAGCCGUGAUUAUAUGUGCAACUAAUGCUCUCGGGUAUAGUAUAUGGCGAUGCCCGUAUACGCGUCGCACGCCCGCUCACCGAAUUUCUUUUCAGUGGUUCUGUGUAAUUUUUGAAUAUCAAUGGCACCAUAUUCGAUGGCGGAACGGCGAACCAAAACAGAACCACCGCCUCGAAAGCGGGCGCUUGUCAGUUGCGAUCGAUGCAAGCUGCGACGAGCAAAAUGUGACCGUCCUGACGGUCCCGAGCAGCCUUGCUUAGACUGCAAAUCAAGUGACGUUGUAUGCGAGUCAACGUUACCCCGGAAGAAAAGGGUAUACGGCAGUGUCGAAACAUUGAGUCUACGAUUUCGAGCAUUAGAAGCAUUGGUCAAAGGCUUGUUUCCCGAGGAGAAUGUCACCGACACGAAUACGCUGUUCAAGAUUGCUGCUUCUAGGACUAUAGCUAUGCCACCGGCGGAUGACUACACUCCCGCGGAGAUAUUCAGUCACCAGAGAGAACUCCCCGGCGUUACGACUCAAGAUGGAACUUCAUUCAGCUACAACUCUCCCGAUACAUCGAGUUCUCAAAGGCAUAACUCUUUACCGGAUGUUACCUCCAGUUUGGCUACUAUGGAAAGGCUAUUUCCGGUAUGUCCCGGAGUGUCUCUCUACUUUGGACCAGGUAGUAGCUUUCAACUUGCAUCAGUUGUUCGCAGCUUAGUGGCUCGCUGUCAAGAUAUUCCCGAAGCAAGACUGCUCCUCAAACGACCGACUUCUCGUCCACUAGGUUCUGAACUAGAUCGAUCAAAUUUUCAUUUAUUAAAGAGAUCAAGUUCCUCAGUCUCUGAGGAUACUGAUGAUCCAAGUACCACCCGUGCAACGAACAUCUCGAUGCCGAGUAAGAAGCGUGUCAAAAGAGAAGUAAAUUCACAAGAAAAAAAGAUCUCUUUCUCUCGUUCUACUCCAUGUUCAUUCGGAGAGUUCCUACCUCCAAGACCUGUUGCAGACAAGCUGGUCUCAGCUUGUUUUGAAGUGCUAAUGGUCGUUGCAAUUGAAAGUUCUAGCUUCCAGGGCGCCUACGAAGCGACAUUUAAUCGGAGAGACCAUCCCAUACGCCCAGAACAUGAUACUGGAUGGCUUUGUUGUCUAGCUUCCGUCUUCCUCCUGGGUGCGCAGUCUCUCAAGAGAAUCGAUCCUGUGAAGUACAACACCAUAGAACAGCAAUAUAUGAGAUUCAUGUGGCACAAUUUCCGCUCUCUCAUCACCACCCCGAAAUUGGCCAAUGUUCAGGCUUUGGUUCGGCUAGCUCUGCAUGAUUUGAGUGCAGGCAAGAGAAAUAAUACACUCACAUUGAUAUCUAUUGCGGCUCAGAUGGCCAUGUCCAUUGGACUGCAUCGAGAGGAGUUGAAUGCAGAAUUUCUCGCAGUCGAGCAGUCUGAAAGAAAAGCUACAUGGUGGUACAUCUACAAUACGGAAAUCUGCCUGUCUAAUAUACUCGGACGCCCAAGCUGCAUUCCGGAAAAAGAAACAUCAAUGAGUUUUUCCGACGAGAGUUGGGCAGAGCAGGGUCCGUUGCUGCCGGGGAUGAGACACUGUAUUUACAGACUGACAAGACUUUCUAAUGAGGUACGGACCACCGCCUACCCGGUUGGAGAAACACGCAGAGAAUGUUCAUCUUCGGAUGCGAGAAGACUUUUACGACAGCUGGACGCAUGGUAUGCGUCGUUGCCUCCUCACCUGCAACUGGAGUCUACCCUCCCGAUGACGCAUAAGAGAAUUGUGCUCCUUAUUAUAUUUAACUUUCUCUACAUGAAGUGCAUAGUCACCAGACCGUUCCUCAUCAGAAAGCUGGAAAACCACAUAGCGCGCUGGGAAAACCCCCGCGAUAUCUCUGAAAUGACAAAAGACGAACUGGCCUUAUCAGACAUCUGCAUCGAAUGCGCCUACACAUCCCUCGAAUGCUUAACAGCGCCGGAAUCAGGGCUCCUAGACGGUCCCCAAUGCUGCGAUCUUUCCCAAGUCUUCCACGCUGUCCUCAUCCUCAGCCUGGAUUUCCUCGCCAGACCGAAAGAUCACCCAGAUAGCUUAGAAGAUAAGAGAAGGAAAGAAAUGGUUGAAGGAAUUCUGCGUACGACUCCGCAGAUACACAUCAGGUCUCAUCAUGUCAUGAUGGGCCAAAUCGCCUUCCAAUUCGCCAACAUCGUAGGCAUUAUUGACGACCCACCACCACCACCGCCUCCUCUGCACGCCACGCAAACCCAACUACAAACCGACACUGCCCCAGUUACUGUCGAUACCAGCGGAUCUACUAGCAACAUACCCGGUAUAACGAAAUUCAGCACUGGAUGGUUCGAUAGCGAGAACUUCGAUAUGCCGUGGAACUCUUUUGAAAUGCCGAUGCAGGACUUGUCGAAUGUUAUGAUGGCGACGGACGGGCUGGGGGGGUUUGGGGAUCUGGAAGGCGAUGAGGUUGAGGGGUGGGGUGGAGUGGAAGGAAUGAUGGGGGGUGAUAGUAAUGAUAUUUGAGCCUACUAGAAGGAAGGGUUUUGUUUGUUUGGGCAACUUGAGCGGUGUUGGGGCUGGAUGUUGAAGAUUGGUGAUGAUAGGAGGGUGUUGGAUGUGUGUGGGCACUUGGUAUAAUUUUGAGUCCAGACAGUAGCAGUGAAUUAUGCCCCUCUACUUGUCGCCAUCCAUGAGUGUGCACUCAUUACCCAUAAAGGUUAUCUACAUCUAAAGGGUUUCCAUUCAAUGGAAACACUGGUCCUGGGAGACUCUCGCUGUAGC